UCCUCCGGGGCGGUGGAGGCGGCGCCGGCAGAGCCGCGAAGGCGAGCGAGGAGGCAGCGGAGGCUGCGAUCGGGCCCCCGAAGGCAGGCCGGGCCCCCGGGUGGUGUCUGGAUCCGCUGCCGGUGGCGCCGCGCUGCUCUCUCCGGCGGCCUCUCUCACGCCCAGCUGAGGACGCCCGGCUGGGCUGGCCGGGCGGGCGGCCGCAGGGGAGGUUCCUCUCCAUGGUCCAGAAGAGCGGCAUGUCCCGGGGCCCGUACCCACCCUCGCAGGAGAUCCCCAUGGAGGUCUUCGACCCCAGCCCGCAGGGCAAGUACAGCAAGAGGAAAGGGCGGUUCAAACGGUCAGAUGGCAGCACAUCCUCAGAUACAACCUCCAACAGCUUUGUUCGACAGGGCUCAGCGGAGUCCUAUACCAGCCGCCCGUCAGACUCUGAUGUAUCUCUGGAGGAGGAUCGGGAAGCCUUAAGGAAGGAGGCAGAGCGCCAGGCCUUAGCCCAGCUGGAGAAAGCCAAGACCAAGCCAGUGGCCUUCGCUGUGAGGACAAAUGUCGGCUACAACCCUUCACCCGGGGACGAGGUGCCCGUGCAGGGAGUGGCCAUCACCUUUGAGCCCAAGGAUUUCCUGCACAUCAAAGAGAAGUACAAUAAUGACUGGUGGAUCGGACGGCUGGUGAAGGAGGGCUGCGAGGUGGGCUUCAUCCCCAGCCCUGUCAAGCUGGACAGCCUGCGCCUGUUGCAGGAACAGAAGCUCCGCCAGAGCCGCCUGAGCUCCAGCAAGUCAGGUGACAACUCCAGCUCCAACCUGGGAGAUGCCGUGACUGGCACCCGCCGCCCCACACCCCCUGCCAGUGCCAAACAGAAGCAGAAGUCGACAGAGCACGUGCCCCCCUAUGACGUGGUGCCUUCCAUGAGGCCCAUCAUCCUGGUGGGACCAUCGCUCAAGGGCUACGAGGUCACAGACAUGAUGCAGAAGGCUCUGUUUGACUUCCUGAAGCAUCGGUUCGACGGCAGGAUCUCCAUCACUCGUGUGACGGCUGACAUCUCCCUGGCUAAGCGCUCGGUACUCAACAACCCCAGCAAGCAUGUUAUCAUCGAGCGCUCCAAUACUCGUUCCAGCCUGGCUGAGGUCCAAAGUGAGAUCGAGCGGAUCUUCGAGCUGGCACGGACCCUUCAGCUGGUGGCUUUGGAUGCUGAUACCAUCAACCACCCAGCCCAGCUCUCCAAGACCUCUCUGGCCCCCAUCAUCGUUUACAUCAAGAUCACCUCUCCUAAGGUCCUGCAGCGACUCAUCAAGUCUCGAGGGAAGUCUCAAUCCAAACACCUCAACGUGCAGAUAGCGGCCUCGGAGAAGCUGGCGCAGUGUCCUCCCGAAAUGUUUGACAUCAUCCUGGAUGAGAACCAAUUGGAAGAUGCCUGCGAGCACUUGGCCGAGUACUUGGAAGCCUAUUGGAAGGCCACACACCCGCCCAGCAGCACCCCACCCAAUCCGCUGCUGAACCGCACCAUGGCUUCUGCAGCCCUGGCUGCCAGCCCUGCCCCAGUCUCCAACCUCCAGGGACCCUACCUUGCUUCCGGGGACCCGUCGCUGGAACGGGCCAGUGGGGAGCACGCCAGCAUGCACGAGUGCCCUGGGGAGCUGGGCCAGCCCCCAGGCCAUUACCCCAGCGGCCACCCACCAGGCCGAGUGGGCACCUUGCGGGCCCUGUCCCGCCAAGACACGUUUGAUGCCGACAUCCCUGGCAACCGAAACUCUGCCUACACGGAGCCGGGAGACUCGUGUGUGGACAUGGAGACAGACCCCUCAGAGGGGCCAGGGCCCGGAGACCCUGCAGGUGGCAGCCCCCCACCGGCACGCCAGGGAUCAUGGGAGGAGGAGGAGGACUAUGAAGAGGAGCUCACGGACAACCAGAACCGGGGCCGGGAUAAGGCCCGUUAUUGCGGGGAGGGUGGGGGUCCGGUUCUGGGGCGCAACAAGAAUGAGUUGGAGGGCUGGGGCCGGGGGGUCUACAUUCGCUGAGCUCUCUGGACCAUGUGUGGGAGAAAGGACUCCAACCGGGCCCAGAAGGUGCUGAGGGGGCUCAGCACAUGGCAUGUUUCCUGCCUCCUGGGGGCUCUGUCUCCUCUCAGCUGCCUUGGCUCCAUGUUUGGGGUUAUAUUUUUGCUGAGGGGGCAGCAUUCCAGCUCCUGAGAGUGUCCCUGAAGCCCCAGCUGUAGGUUUUUACCUACCUGCUGUGGAUGGAUAGGGAACGCCCCUGUUUCUGCCGUUCCCCCCCCCUUUCCCCACCUCAGGGGGCUCUCUCCCAGAGAAAAGGUGCACUUCCUGAACUCUUUCUACCCCAGGCGCUAAGUUAGGGUCCUAAACGCAGUGACCUGUUCUUUUCCCAACCCGGAGUGCUUGCACAGGCUAGGGGGCUUUUCCUGAAGGAGGACAUUCCAGAAUCUUCCCCAUGUGGGCUCUCUCUUCCCUGAGCUCCAGAUCUAGGAUCCCUGCUCAUGCCCACCCUCCCCCCAGCUUCUUGGCAGUGCUGUCCAACAGGUGACCACUAAAGCAUGGAGCCCCAGGGGCGGGCCAAAUGUAGGGUCCCCUGUCCUACCCCCCCAUCAAAACACUGAGAAAUGGGUUUUGGAGAUGCCGCUUCCCACCAUGCCCCUACAUGCCUUGCCUCAGCCUCCCCAGGAAUGUUCUUUGCCUGUGACAUUCUCCGCCUGCUGGCAUCAGAAGGGGGCCUCUUGGCGCCUGAGGCCUCCCCCCAUCCCUGUCACCUGGGUGUGGAGCUGUCGGAACAUGCUGAUCCGCCUCAUUUUGAAACCAAAAAACUGCUCCUUCACUCUCCUCAUGAGGCCCCUGAGAGGGCCUGGGGUAAGGCCCAAGAGAUGAGGACCACUGAGGGGCUCCUUGGGACCUCAGGACUCCUUUUGGGGGGUUGGCUGCUCUGCUACUGCUGCUGCUGCUGUCGUGCUGUCCUUUCCUCUUGUCAUCCUGUCCUCUAGAUCCGCAUCCCCGGGAGAGGCCUCGGUAGCCCCGUGCCCUGGAAUGGCCCUCGGCCUAGCACCCCCUAGCCCAGCAGCCCUGCCCCUCCCCAGCACCCCAGCUGGGCCAGAGAGAGCCGACUGUGCCAACAAGGGUGGGCCCUGCCGGCUGCCCGCCCCAGGGACGGGCCCUCAGGCCUGUCUCGUCACCUCCUGUGCCAAUGUCGUCCCACCCCCACUUGGAGGGGUGGGUGCAGCUUCCAUUUACUGGUCAGAUGACACCACUGCCCAACCUCUCCCCUCCCCACCCCGUCUGGUGUCUUGUGCCCGUCUGUCUAUCUGUCUGUCCUUCCCAGGAGAAGUAUUUUGCCAUCUAUAAACUGCCGUCCUGUCCUGACGGCUGUCUCUGA